AUGUCCACAUUAACGCUAACACGAUUCGCAAAGUCAUCUGAACUUAUAGAAAAUGCCGCCUCUAUUGCCAACGAUAUUUAUAAACCUCAUCUCUCAACUGCUGUUGCCUGGUGGAAUAAUGAUCACGAACAUGUAAAUGAAUUUUUAUUCAAAUACCUUGGUGUUGUAACAGUGUUAAGAGUAAAAUAUUGUAGAGAGUCAUGUCUCGAGUCAUUUAAAGUGAAACAAACAGUCUUCUUUGCGGAUAGUCCAAGAGAAUUUCAAAAUUUCCUAUCCGUUUCGAAUAACUUUACUUUCGAAGCUAUAUUGGUUAUUUUAGUCAUAAAUGAGUUUCCUGUGUCCGACCUCAGUGAAUAUAGUAAAAUAGCAUUAAAAAAAGACGUCGAGGACAUUGUAAUAGUUAGUUUGAAAAUAGAUGGCACAAUAGCAGUAUCCACUGUUAUUCCUUAUGGGAGUGGUUCUUGUGGAGAUUACACACCGAGAGUAUUAACGACUGGAGAAAGAAAUUACUUUAAAGAAAACAAAUAUAGAAAUUUCUAUGGCUGUCCUAUCAGAGUUACCGCACUUGAAUUAGUGCCGUACGUUAAAGUUAUAAAAGAAAAUGAUACAGUAAUAAAUAUAGAUGGUUUAGAUGCUGAUUUCGUGAAAUUAGUUAUUAAAAGUCUUAACGCAACUUUGAAAAUCGUAUCAGCCUCCGAUCAUGGCGACUUGGGCUACUACAUAAAUGGAACGGCGACGGGUACCUUUGGUGACCUCUACUACAAUGUUGCAGAUAUUGUAGUUCCUGCAUUAUUAUUAACCACAAGGAGAUAUCCCGCUGCACAAGUAACUUAUGUUCACCGACCUACUCGCAUUAUACUGUGCUUACCAAAACAAGAAGAAAUUUAUAAAUUACUUAAAGUACUUCUCCCUUUCUACAAUUGGUUGACGCCAAUGGUUAUUGCAGUAGCCAUAAGUAUUUAUUUGACUAUAAAAUUUGUGAAGAUUUUUGGACCAAGGGGUUAUGAGGUACCACAAAGAAUAGCAUUUGGAAUAUUCUCCUUAUUUUUUGGUCAGUUUUAUAAUGUUAAUUCAAAAUAUUGGUAUAUUAACACAAUGCUAAUCUUAUGGAUUUGGUUUUGUAUGGUUUUCCGCAUUUCCUAUGAGGGCAGACUCGUUGAAGGAUUACAUCACGUUAUCUUAGAGCCCCCGGUAGAAACAUACGAUGAAGCAAUAAAUGUCAUCAAAGAAGCACGUAUACAUCCAACGUUUAUGGAUUUUUAUAGAAAUACGUCGUUAGAAAAGAAAGCGGUUGAAAUAACUUUACCAGAUCUUGAAACAACGUUCUUUGCUAUUGCAUCCGGUGAGAAAUAUCUGCUUGCUAUUGACAUGGAACAAGCUAGAGUCUAUAAGAAAACAGUUCAAAUUUUGGAAAGAAAAAUUGUUGAUAUACCCGUUAAUAAUUAUUUGCGCCCCCGUUGGCCAGCGGCAAAGUUCGUAGCAACUGUUAUUUUGCGAAGUAUCGAUUCAGGUCAAAUGAUAAAAAUAAUGGAUGAUUUCUCAUCAGGUUGGCAGUUAAAAAAUUCAAACAACACUGUUGCACUUCGCGUCAGAGCAUUGGGAAUGGACUUACUGGGUUCCUGUUUUCUAUGUUUGAUAGUAAUGUAUGCUGUAUGUUGCCUCAUUUUUUUGGUAGAAAUUUAUAUUGUACGUCGGAAUACAAUUUUUUUGCCCUUUAUUAACUGA